UGCACACGCUUUACGACACACGCACACAAAGAUGGCGGCCUCGGUUUCACCGCUACGCUCCUCCUUCAGGAUUUGUAGCCCGUUAACGGUACACCAUCACCGCUGUCGGGCCAAACUGCGGACGCACAGAAAAUACGAGAGUCAGAGAAGACAUCUGCACGAGACGGCGACCAGACAUGCUGCUGUGGUGAUUUCGGGGACAGAGUUGGCUCGUCAGCUCCACAGAGAAAUCCAGCGUGAUGUGGAAGAGCUGGUAGCUCAGGGCAACAUGAGACCCCAUCUAGGAGUGGUCCUAGUGGGAGACAACCCAGCCAGCCGUACCUAUGUUAGGAACAAGUCCCGAGCAGCCACCAUCCUCGGUAUUUCCAGCGACACAGUGGUGCGGCCGAGCUCCAUCUCCCAGGAGGAGUUGCUGGAGCUGAUUGACAAGAUGAACCGUGACUGGAGGGUCAGCGGUCUCUUGGUGCAGCUGCCACUUCCCGAACACAUCAAUGAACGGGCCGUGUGUAAUGCCAUUGCUCCAGAGAAGGAUGUGGAUGGUUUCCAUAUUGUGAAUAUUGGAAAGCUGUGUCUGGACCAGAGGUCCAUGGUGCCUGCCACGCCUGCAGCUGUCUGGGAGAUCAUCAAAAGAGCAGGAAUUGAGACAGUGGGGAAGAAUGUGCUGGUUGCUGGUCGCUCCAAACAUGUUGGAAUGCCCAUCGCAAUGUUGCUGCACACUGAUCGUAACCAUGAACGCCCUGGGGGAGAUGCCACAGUGACCAUCGCCCACAGAUGUACACCGAGGGAGCAGCUGAAGGAGCUAAGCAGCCUGGCUGACAUCAUUAUUGCAGCUGCAGGUGUUCCCCGACUGAUUACAGCAGAUAUGGUGAAAGAGGGCGCAGCAGUCAUUGAUGUGGGCAUAAAUCGUAUCCAGGACCCGAAGACGGGAAAACCCCGCCUCAUUGGUGACGUGGACUUUGAAGGCGUGAAGGAGAAGGCGGGGAUCAUCACUCCCGUUCCUGGAGGGGUGGGUCCAAUGACAGUCGCCAUGUUGAUGAAGAACACUGUGACGGCUGCCAGAAACGCACUGAUGCAUUAAACACAGACACACUAUAACGCCAUUCACUUUAAUGAAUGCUAUAAGAUACGUAUGUAUAUGCAUACAGUACACUACAUACAUACAUUAAGUAUACACACACACAAACACACACACACCUUGCCAAAUAUCAUACACACGUUUAUUUCAGAAUCCAUGAACUCUGGACUUCAUUCCUGCUGGGAAACAUAUUUUUUACAUGAUUUAUACAAUGUUGUGAAUGUUUUCAUUUAUUUAUUUUCUAUUUAAGUUAUUUAUUUCAGAGUUUCCCUCUUUGUGACUUAAGAUUCAUAUUUUUUCUACAGAACUCAUUUUGGUUCAUUUUUAAACAUUCCAGAGUCACUGGAAAAAGGAAUAUAAUAAAAACCAAUUCUGCACCAAUACUA